GAAAGUGGUGGGUGGAGUUUGAGGGUUAACACUGGUUUGAAUUUCUCUCUCUUGCCCCCCCCCCCCCCGCCACAUCAGUAGUUAGAUUUCGGUCGGUCUCGAACCCCCUUGAAUGGACCUGGUGGAUGGCGUCUGGCUGCGCUCCACCCAAACUGGAGGAGUUCAUUCUCACAGAGAAACUGGGCACUGGCACCUAUGCUACUGUGUACAAAGCUUACAGGAAGGUGAACAGUCGCGAGGUCGUGGCCAUUAAGUGUGUGAGUAAGAAAAGUUUGAACAAAGCCUCGGUGGAGAAUCUGCUGACUGAGAUCGAGAUCUUGAAGACAGUCAGGCAUCCUCAUAUUGUGCAGCUGAAGGAUUUUCAAUGGGACAGCGAGAACAUUUACCUGAUCAUGGAAUUCUGUGCUGGCGGCGAUCUCUCCCACUUUAUCCGCACUCGUAGGGCGCUUCCCGAGGGAGUGGCCAGGCGCUUUCUGCAGCAGCUGGCGUCAGCUCUCCAGUACCUCCACGAGCGAAACAUCUCUCACCUUGAUCUGAAGCCACAGAAUGUUCUGGUCAGUUCCCGGAGCACACCUCACCUCAAACUUGCUGAUUUUGGCUUUGCGCAGCACAUGUCUCCCUGGGACGAGAAGCACGUUCUGCGUGGGUCCCCGCUCUACAUGGCACCAGAGAUGGUGUGUCGCCAACAGUAUGAUGCCCGCGUGGAUCUGUGGUCAGUGGGCGUCAUCCUGUACGAAGCUCUCUUUGGACGGCCGCCCUUUGCAUCAAAAUCGUUCUUGGAGCUGGAAGAGAAAAUCCGCAGCAACAAGGCCGUCGAGCUUCCCCCAGGCUCCCGGGUCUCGAGGGAAUGUAGAGAUUUACUGCUGCGGCUGUUAGAGAGGGAUCCGGAACAGAGGAUAACCUUUGAGGAAUUCUUUACACACCCAUUUGUGGACCUGGAUCACAUGCCGAGUGAGGAGAGCCUGGAGAAAGCGACUGCAUUGGUCGUGGAAGCUGUGAAGAAGGAUCAACUGGGGGACCUUUCUUCCGCUCUCUCCCUCUACUGCAAGUCACUGGAGUACUUUGUUCCUGCUCUGCACUAUGGAUCAGAUCGACCACAGAAGGCAGCCAUCAGGUCAAAGGUAACUCAGUACCUCUCCAGGGCAGAGGAGUUGAAGAUAUUGGUUGCUAAGAGCAACAGGGCUAACUUUGAACAGGCUAAGUCUGCGAGGGACAUUCUGAAAGAAAUGUCCCAGGACAAACCGCGACUCCUGGCCGCACUGGAGAUCAGUUCUGCUGCAAUCGCCAAGGAUGAAGAAGGUGAUGAUUCCGAGGAAACUCUGGACCUUUAUCAACAGAGUCUCGGGGAACUGCUGCCCAUGUUGGCGAGUGAGCCACAGGGCAGAAGACGAGUGAUUUUACAUAAAGAGGUUCAGAACCUCAUGAGCCGAGCUGAAUACCUGAAGGAACAACUCAAGAUGAGAGAGACUCAGAAAGAGGCAGCUACUAUGGAUCAGGAUCCGUUCUCGGAGUCCGUCAAAAGCAGUGAGUUGUUCACUCCAGUGAUCAUGUACGUCAGUUUCACUUUGAUGCUAACACCUGGCUGCUGUCUUCCCUGGGCUAACUCCUGGACGUAACUUUGAGGGUAUUGAAUCACAAUCUCUUGACUGAAGCAAUGAUAGUACUACAAAUCGUAUUGGUACAAGAGUCUUUCUGCUUGCACUUUAAAACAAAAUCGCAGAACUUGAAUAUUGCUGAAAAGAGAGACAUGUUGUCGAAGCCUUUCACCUUGUACUCAUCAGGACAAGAACAAGAAUGCCAAAUUCCAAACAAUCAAGUUUAUUUUACAGGAGAAAAGGAUGCUCAUUGGUUGACAACUCUAGUUGAGGUGUUGCUCUUGAGGUAGCACAAAGAACUAAAUGCUUCCCUAAGAUCCAGGGUAGUUCAGAAAGAUGCGAGGCUUGAACAUAUUCCUUUUGUUUGCAGAGAACAGGUUCAUGCGAAUGAAUAUAUGUUCCUGUUAGCAAGUGUAAAUGAGCCAUAUUAUGAGCCCAGCUGUUUUAAUUUGAUUGCCUUAAGUUGGCUGUCAGAGUAGCUAUUAGUGAACUCUGGAUUGCUCAGCAGUUGCCCCUCCAUGGAAUUACAUCUAACAGAGAUUCUGCAUUGUGUUUUGGAGGUGGGGGCUGGAUGAGUUUGGUCUGUAUCUGUCUAUUAAAAACUAAAAAACACAGCUUGCUAUUUGAUUCGAUCAGCUAAACUGCUGGGACAAACAGCCCAUGGACCUGGCAUUGGAAUGGUCACUUUGUCUCCUGUAGUAUAAUUUAAUGUGAUGGUUAGAACUUUGGCAUUCUUGCAUUUGUCCUGAUGGAUGCAAGAGGAAAACUUUUGGCAACAAGUUGUUCUUUACACAAUCACAAACCAGGAUCUUUAACCUUUCAUGGUACGACAUAAUAUUUUUGCCACUUGAGCAGUCCUGUUUAAUUUUGGCCACGGUUAGACUUUUGAAUUUGGAAAUGACUCCAUGCUGCUCUCUAGUCAUGGGUGCUGUUAAUCAUUCUGUUUCGCCUUACAUAUAUGUGACACUUGUAUCCACUGAUUGGAUGCAGAAAUGCAGAUAUCAACUAACCAUCCAGACAAUGAGCCAAAUAAGUUUAGAAAAAGGAAGAACUUGCAAUUAGAUGGUACUGUACUGUGGACAGCCCAAACCGUUUAGCGACUCAGUAACUUUUUGAAGAGUAAUCGAAAUGGAUCCAACUGACGUUUCCGACUAAAUUCUUUCUGCCACGCUAGAGAAUUCGCCAAACUUCAAGAAGGAAUUCCAAAAAGUCCUUUCAGAUUUGUCCGGUUCCAGCAUUAGUUUUCAAACUGUUUCUUGAUAUUAUGCCUACUGUAUUGCUAUAUUUUGAUCUUAAUUUUGAUAACUGAUUUCAGUCUUGUAUGUUUUUAUCUGAGUACCAGGGUUCCCCGAUGGUGAGGGGUGGUGGUUUUGUCCAGUAGCAUCUAUCCAAUUCCAAAUGCCGUCAUCCACCCCUGCCUGCAUUAUUGAUUCAAAUUGCUUCUGUGUCCAGCCAGCCCCUCUUUGGGAGAGAGGGGUUUGGUUUUGCCCUCGUUGCUGUAAUCCUGUGCAGACUGGAGCCUGGAGGAAAGCUCACUUGAUGGGAAUUCUGCUCUGAGGGUUCACGUGCUUCUGGAAAUGAACAGAAAGUCUGAAGUUCACCCAGUGACAGCCAGAAGCUAAAAUAACCUGCUAGCCCUUCCACCCUGUCCCUCAGAGUUAGGGUAUCUCUUGCUGAACUCACUCCACAUGCCUCCUGUAUCCAUAUGAUCUCCCAGGAAAGGUGAGGAAAAUAGACAAAUAUAUAAGAAAGAAGAGAUAGACUCUCCUGCAACAUCCAGUCCUUUUUGAAGUGAUCAGGAUGAGUGCAGGAGACGCUGAUCAUCAUUACCAGGUACCCACCUCCUGUGAAUAUACAGCUGUGUGUUGAAGAGGAGGCCAUUCAGCCCCACAGGCCUGUGCCACCAUUCAAUUAGAUCACAGCUGCGCUGGGAGCUUUUUAUUUUGAAAUGAAAUCUGGUAACCUUUGUCAACAUAAUUUCCACCAUCCUGCCCACCACCUCAGUCACCUAGAAUGUACUUGUUCAGGGUGGAGGUGGACGUACAGGAGCAGAGGGUGAACCUUUAUCAUUCACUGCUGAUUUAUCUAUUAACCUGGCCAUUUCUCUCCCAUUCUCCAUGCGACCCAAGAAGCAAUAAUGGCAUCUUUGCUUUACGAAGGUGGUGGGUGAAUUCUUAGCACAGUUUAUUUGGUUCUAUUUCUCAAUCAGAGCCACAGCUUUCACAGAGAGAAUGACAAAACCCCACCCCAAUUAAAUGCCCUGGGAAACAGAACCGAGUUCAACAUCGCUGAUCAUUAUGGUUAGAUAUUUCAAACUUACAAAUAAGUUAACAUGACCUCUUGUAAGCAGAAUGUUGUUUAGCCUGUGAAGCAGUUUGUACAUGUUAUGUAGCAAAUCAUUUCUAUGGCAGCUUAUGUCAUUUGUAAGUUUGUUUUUGUUACUGACUCCAGUCACGUUAAUGCCUGAAUAGUUUUACUUGACUUUCUAGAAAUAAUUUAAGGGCUGACUCAACCGUUUUCUCUUGCACUGAAUUUUAAAAAUUUGAAUUUGAAGUGAGUAUGAGUAAUGACCUGAUUGAAGUCUUUGAGGCUGUGAAAGGGUUUGAUAAGAUAUGUGUUUAUCUACUUUUCCCUGAAAUGUAUCAGAGCUUCUCACCCCUCCUAUUCUGUGUGUUCCAUACUGGGAAGAAGUGUCUCUUGAAUUCCUUAUAGGAUUUAUUGCUGACUGUCUUAUGUUGAUGGCUCCUAGUUUUCAAUGUUUCCACAAAAAGAAAGGAUCCUAUCUACUUCUGACCCUAUCAAACCCCUAAAAAGAUUUACAUUUCAGAAUCCUCCGAAUACUUCAGGAGGCUGUCCCAAGUUAAAACCUGAUUCAAUUCAGAACGUACCUCAAGAUAGAAGAAAGAUCAAUGAAAUGGUCUCAUUAUGCACGUUGCCUUUAUGAAACUAAACUGUUAGAAAUAAUAAUGUCUGUGUUUUUCUUACCUGCUGCUGUUAUUGGUCUCUGGGUUUCUUUCAAGCAUGGGAAUUAUUUUGAGCAUUCUUUUUAAAUUUGCUUAUGAGAUAAUUGGAGGGAACUGUUUAGGAGAAGUGACAGCUGAAUGAUGUGCAGGAUUUGGGAACUGAAUGGACAUCAGUAAAGACCUGGUCAUUAAUUCUGAACAAUUCA